AUGGCCACCCCGUGCCGUGUGGAAGAAUGGUUUCAGCAGGUGCCACACCUGAUUUGGGAAGAAGGUUGGGAGCCUCUCAUGGAUUCCUCCCGAAGCAGUCUUUGGCGCUGUGACUGUCCCUGGGGCGGCGAACUCUUGCGGAUCCGGGUGGAGGUCUACGUGGAUAACGUUCCAGAGAACUUCUCAUACUUGCUGGUGCGACCAGAGAUUCGUGCCUGGUUCGGGCGCGGCAACUACCAGCUGGAUGACCUGCAGAUGUUGAAACACCAAGCUCCCGGCGAGGCGCAGCUGCAGCAGUUUCAUUCCUGGGGCCUUGGCUCCUUUUGCAGUUCGUUCCUCGAAGCUUCGGAUGAUGUGAGCAUGAGGCAGCAGAGCAGCUGGCGGAUUUCCUGGCAACGGAUCUCCAGGGACUUCCCCGCCGAGGGCGAUUGCUCCCUGAGCUUCUCGGGGGAGUCUUCGGGACUCCUCCUUUGCCGUCCUUCCUCGCAGAGAGCCGGCAAUUCUCGCUACGAACUCUAUGGCUUCUUCCACGUGUCCCAGGAACAAUACGACUCCUGGUCUUCCCUCCACCUGCGGCUCUUGUUGGACUCUGCCACUCGUACCGCCCAGUGGUUUGUGAACCGUCCUGGCAUCGAUGAACUCAGGGCGCUCGACAAGGAUUUCUAUAGCGUCCUCACCGUGCAGUCUUGCCGCCGUGGGCUUCCGCUCUUGCCCAUGGCCGUGGAGGAAACCGAGUCUGCGCAGUGCGCUAUGGGCUCCCGGGAUUGGGUGACCAUUGACGACGGGCAAGAGCUUAACCUGGACCGAUGGAUGCGCUUCGAACCUGGAAAGUAUGGCCAAGACAAGUUCUACUUGUCGCAAUACAUCCGACUUUUCUUGGCCAACCUGAAUAUCCACAGCCACUUCCCAGUCUACAACUCAUUGGACGGAUGCAAGUUGGCUUCCUUCCAAUGUGUGGUGCGCAGAGAUGAGUGGAACUCAGUGAGGGAUCGCUUCUACAAAGCCUUCUUGAUGCAGAAGAAGGCUUAUCGUCGUGCCAAUGGUGGCAGCACCGCCCCUUCGCUCCAAGAGGAUGUGAAGCCACGUUUCCUGCAGGUGGAACGUUCCGAGCUACGAGCACAAACCUUGCAGAGGUUGCACCUUCCAGAGGAGCAGCAGGGGAAACACAAAGUGGUAGUGCGAAGAACCUUCUUGGACGUCGAUGACCCCAUCUCCCCCGCCUCCGAAACUGAUGGCCCAUCUCAGCGUUCCAAUCGCCGGCACCGCACCACCAGCAUCCUUCAUGUCCGCGCCUGUGGCGCCUGA